AUGGACACGGGGCUGGAGAUCCCCGGCGAGGUGCAGUACCCGAGCUCCCCCGUGCUGGUCCCGCCAGGCCGCCCCACGCCGCGCCGCACGCUCUACCUCUCCAACCUCGACGACCAGCGCUUCCUCCGCUUCUCGAUCAAGUACCUGUACGUCUUUCCCGCCGCCGCCGCCGUCUCCGCCGCCUCUCUCCGGGCCGCGCUCGCCGACGCGCUCGUGGAGUACUACCCUCUGGCGGGGCGGCUCCGACACGGCGACGAGGAGGGGAAGCUGGUGGUGGAGUGCAAUGCCGAGGGGGCGCUCUUCGCCGAGGGCUCCCUGCCGGGGCUGGCGGCCGAUGAUUUCUUGCGAGGUGGCGGAGCUAGGCCGCACCGGUCGUGGCGGAAGCUGCUGUACAGGGUCGACUCCCACAGCUUUGUCGCCGUGCCUCCGCUUGUCGUCCAGGUGACACACCUAGGCUGCGGCGGCAUGGUGCUGUGCAUGGCAAUCAACCACUGCCUCUGCGACGGCGUCGGGACGGCGCAGUUCCUCAACGCCUGGGCGCGCGCCGCCCGAAGCUCCGGCAUUGUCGGAGACAACCCCGUCGUCCACGACCGUUGUGCCCUGCGCCCGCGAUGCCCGCCACGCGUCGAGUUCGCGCACCCGGAGUACCACUGCCACGACGCCGCCGCAGACGACGGCGCGUCCAACCUCCUCGCGCACCUGCUCGGUCAGCCGUUGGCACCGGUGUCGCUCACCUUCUCGGCGGCGCGUCUCGCGCACCUCAAGAAGCAGCUCCUGCUGAAGCGCUGCACGUCGUUCGAGGCGCUUGCGGGGACGGUGUGGCGCGCGUGGGUGCGCGCGCUGGACCCGCCGGCGACACUCCACGUGAAGCUCCUUUUCUCGGUGAACGCCCGGCGGCGCCUGACGCCGGAGCUCCCCGACGGCUACUACGGCAACGGGUUCGUGCUUGGGUGCGCGGAGUCCACGGCGGGGCAGGUGGCCGCGGCGGCACCCAUGCCCACGGUCGUCAGGCUGGUGCAGGAGGCCAAGGAGCGCGUGGACGACGCCUACGUGCGGUCCAUGGUGGACCUCCUCGAAGAGCACCGUCGCGGCGUCGACGGCGGUGCGAAGCCCGACCUGUCGGCGAGCCUGGUGAUCUCGGCGUGGACGCGGUUGGGGCUGGAGGACCUCGACUUCGGCGCCGGCGCGCCGGCGCACAUGGGCCCGCUCACCAGCGAGAUAUACUGCGUGUUCGUCCCCGUCGCUGGCGACCCCGGCGGCGUCACCGUGCUCGUCUCAGUCCCGCAGGCUGCCACUGACAAGUUCGAGCAUUACUGCUGCAACCCCAUGGAUGCCGCUGGAGUGGCAGAGACGGGCAGCGGCGCCAUGGCGACCGGCAAUGGCAUGCUGGAGCGGGACGAGAAGCAGCAGCCGUGUCAUGGACAUGAGAUCAAGAUCGAUUACAAAUGACAUAUAGAUAAUCUCAUCUUGUAGCUGGAAACAAGGAUGGGCCUGUAAAUUUUCUGUGCUUGGAAGACAUAUUCAAAUCUUAUCGUCUCAUCGAUCGAAAAAAUGAACAUGAAGAAGAACAUUACAAUGCAAACAUCUA